CGUGCGCUGCUCGCCUUCUCGAAAAGCUUCAAGAAGGUACGGCGUGCGCGCACUGCGGCUCCGCGACGUCGCCGACGGCGACGUGCAAAAUUCAAGCGUUCGAAAUCAUGCCCCGAGUUACGGGACAUAGCCAAGGCGGUUCCGACACGACAACGUAGCAUCUCAGUACAGUAUGACGCAGCCCAAGGUACCAGCAAGCAACGGCAUCAGCCGAAGCCCAAGGUGCUGCUCACGGACGUCUAUAGGAAUCGUCGAUUUCUGUCGACGGUACUCGAUGGGAACGGGUCGGCAGCUGCCAACGCGUUCUACAAAAGCAUCGAUGCGGCCCCGAAUAUGAAUGUGGCCAGAACGAAGACGAGUAUUCCACUCGUCUCGGAACUUACGAUGGCCACAAAGAGAGCACAGGCCGGACUUGCAAACGCGCCAAUUGCACGACCCCACAUAAUUUCCAAACGACGAAUUUUCAAACGCCUACUUGGUGUUACGAAUGCGAAGGAUUGCUUUGGGGACUGGCCUAGACAAGGGCUACGUUGUACCGAAUGUGGUGUGAAAGUCCAUGAGAAAUGUCGUGAACUGCUCAGCGCUGAUUGUUUGCAAAGAGCAGCGGAAGAGCUCAAGCAUGGUCGAGUUGCGAGCGAAUACAAUCGC